AUGCUGACAAGGGAGAUGCAUACAGGGCGAUGGUGGUGGGACACACAGAAAAAACUUGAGAAAGACAAACCAGGGGCAACCAUUAUCCCAAUUCUACUCUCAUCAGACAAAACACAAGUUACAAUGUUUCGAAACAAAGCUGCCUACCCAAUCUACAUGACCAUUGGCAACAUCCCCAAGGAAAUUUGGCAGCAACCCUCACAUAAUGCACAGAUCCUUGUUGGGUAUCUUCCUACUACCAAGCUCAAACACAUCUCCAACAAAGUAGCGAGGUAA